GUAUUGUUAAAAGAAUUUUUCUCUCCUACCUCUGGUUUUAACUAUUCGACUAUUCUUGGAAUACGGAAAACAAUAAAUAUAUAGGUCGUUGAGAAAUCGCGUGAAUUCGCGUGGAAAAACAUUAAUUGUUGCGGAGCUUUGACAGUCUGAAACUUUUUGAAAAAGAGAGAGAAAUCUGGAACAUCUGCCUGCUGUUGGCUAACGUUGCCCUCCAAUUCGUCACUUUUUUUACUAUUUUCAACCUGUAGAACAAUGUUAGCUGUGGAAUCUGCUGUGGCUGUAGACAUUUAUCAAGAGGUUGAUAAAAAGGAACAAGAAGCCCCUGGCUUAGAAGAUUAUCCACCUGAGUUACUGAUUAAGCAUCCAUUGCAAAAUACUUGGACUCUCUGGUACUACGAGCAAGACAAGACUAAGUCAUGGGAAGAGAGCCAGCGGGAAAUUACAAGCUUUGAUACAGCUGAAGACUUCUGGAGCUUGUAUAAUCACAUCAAACAAGCUUCAGAACUAAGGCAAGGAUGUGAUUACAGCAUGUUUAAGCAAGGAAUCAGACCUAUGUGGGAAGAUGCCGCCAAUAAGAAUGGAGGAAGAUGGCUUAUUAAUUUAGAGCGGAAGCAAAGAACAAGUGACCUGGAUCGCUUUUGGCUUGAAAUACUGCUUUGCAUGAUUGGUGAAGGUUUCAAUGAAUAUUCUGAUGAUGUUUGUGGUUCAGUAGUUAAUAUUAGGCCAAGAAUAGAUAAAAUUGCUGUUUGGACUGCAGAUGCUAGCAUUUCUGCUAGUGUUCUGGAUAUUGGACGUAAAUUAAAGGAUCGGUUAAGGAUUACUCAGAAAGAUAAGAUAGAAUAUCAAGCCCAUAGAGAUACUAUGGUGAAGGUUGGAAGUAAAACUAAAAUAAUUUAUUAUGUCUAAGGUGAGAGUGACGUCACCACAUAUACCAUUUACAUUGGUGAUCAACAAAUAAAAUUCAGUUACUGGCUGGAAUCAGAUACUGACAGCUAAAAAUUUCAAACCAGAGUGGAAUCUUUUUCUAUCGUUACCAACAGAACUUUUUGAAAAAGUGUCAAAUAAUGUUUAUUAAAAAAAACAAAAUAUUAAAAAUAAUUAAAAAAUGAUAAUUUAAUAUAAAUGAAGAAAUAUAUGUAAUAUGUACGGCAUAAAUGAGAAUGUUUGGUGAAAUAUGAGUAGAUUGUUGUAUAGUCAACUUUACCUCAUAUCUAAAAUUAUUAAAAUCGAAGGUUUAUAAUCUUAUGACAGUUUAAAUAAAUUAAAGAGAUACAGCAAUCUUCUCAUAUUGUCGUUAUUCGCAUGAUAUAUUAAUGAU